AUGACCAAAAAGUCCUCCGCAGCAACAUCCACGACGGGAAACAAACCAGCAAAGGCUUCCAAGCAAGGCAACAACAAAAAGGAUGAUGAUUUAUCGUUUUUAUUAGAAAUGCAAAAGAAGAAUGAGAAGGAAAUGGCAGAACAAAAAUCUCAAGGAACUGCUGGUGAAAAGAAGAAAAAACAGACUCCGAAAGAGUAUCCAUCGGAACAAACUCAACCUGAACCUACAGUGCCGAUCAAAUACUUGUUUAAAGACAAUAAUUUUCCACAAGGUGAGAUUCAACCGCUACAAUUUUAUGAGCACCGUACAAAACGGUUUAGUGCAAGAGAGCUUGAUGCUGGAGCUGAAGCUCGUGAUGAGAAAUUGCAAGAACGCAUUCGAGACGCAAGACAUGCCGCAGAGGUUCACAGAACUGCAAGAAAAUGGUUUAAGGAACAUGUGGUUCGACCAGGUAUGCGUGUGAUUGAUGCAGCUGAAGCUUACGAAAAUAAGGUGAGAGAAUUAAUUGAAGCGGACAAGAACAAUAGAAAGGGUGGACUAGCUUUCCCAUUGGGUUGUUCAAUGAAUUAUGUGGCAGCUCACUACACUCCAAAUACUGGUGACGAAACAGUAAUUGGAAAAGAUGAUGUGAUAAAAUUUGACUUGGGAACUCAUGUGAAUGGUACCAUUAUUGACUCAGCUUUUACAUUGUGUUGGAAUGAUCAAUACAAACCACUCUUGGAGGCCGUGAAGGAUGCUACCAAUACCGGUUGUAAGGUUGCUGGUAUUGAUGUGAGAUUGGGCGAUGUUGGAGCUGCCAUUCAAGAAGUUAUGGAAAGUUAUGAAGUGACCAUUGAUGGAAAGACCUAUCAAGUGAGAAGUAUUUCAAAUUUGUGUGGACACUCUGUUGAGAGAUAUCGUGUGCAUGCAGGUAAAACUGUUCCUAUUGUGGCAUGUGAAGAAAAUGAAAAAAUGGAAGAAAAUGAAUUCUUUGCAAUUGAGACUUUCGGCUCUACUGGUAGAGGAUCUAUCGAAGAAGAAGGCGUCACAUCUCACUACGGCAAAAAUCAUGAUUACAAAGGAGAUGGCUCAGAGCUUAGAAAUAAGGAAUCGAGGGAAUUGUUGAAAGUUAUCAAUGAAAAUUUUGGAUCGCUUCCAUUUUGUCGAAGAUAUUUAGAUCGGAUAGGUCAAAAGAAAUAUCUCACGGCUCUUCGUGAUUUGGUCAACAAUGGAAUUGUGAAUGAGUAUCCACCUUUAGCAGACGUGAGAGGAUGUUACACUGCACAAUUUGAGCACACCAUCUUGUUGAGACCAACAUGUAAAGAGGUUCUCAGUCGAGGAUCUGACUAUUAA